AUGAUUUCUCGAUGGCACAGGGCAACGCUGCAAAUUGGCAGACGUUUACUACACUUUAAAACAGCAUCUACUCCAAAUGAAAAUGCGUUGAAAUUCAUUUCGCCUGAAAGCCCCAUUCUUCCAGUUGCCAACACUACAUUCGAGUUUAACUCAACACUACAAGCAAUCCACUCUCCGCUUGCGCUACAACUUUUCAAAAUACCAGGUGUGAAAUCAAUUAUGCUUGGCCAUGAUUUUCUCACUGUGAACAAAUUGGAUAAUCAUGAUUGGAACAGUCUAUCACCUGAAGUAAUGGAUGUUAUGAACAAGUUUUUGGAUAAAGCAGGUGAAAAUAGCGGUAAAGUCCCCGUUGUUACACAAGAGUUACUUAAUAAGGCAGAAAGCGAGAGGCUAGCCGAAGACGAAGAUGAUUCAGAGUUGGUGCUGAUGAUUAAGGAAUUGAUUGAAACCAGAAUCAGACCAGCUAUCCAGGAUGAUGGUGGAGAUAUCGAAUACAAGGGUUUUGAUGAGGAAACAGGUACAGUGUUUUUGAAACUUCAGGGUGCAUGCAAAUCAUGCAGUGCUAGUGAAGAUACGUUGAAAGGUGGUAUUGAGAGUAUGUUGAUGCACUACAUUGAAGAAGUGAAAGAAGUGCAACAAAUCUUGGAUCCCGAAGAGGAAAUUGCAAUGAAAGAGUUUGAGAGGUUGGAGCAACAGCUUAAGAGCAGAGCUUCGAAUGUUACUGAUGAGGCACCACCAUCUCUAUAA